AUGAACACCUUACGCCCAGCCGCACGUUUCCUUCUUCCCCUAGCACGGACAACCAUCACCACCGUUCAUAAACCUCUCCUUGUAACCCGCCGUCCACGACACCACCACCUACAUACAACACCCCCCGACCAAACAUGGCCACAGAGCCCGACCAGCCCAGAACCACGGGCACACCCGAACGCGGAAGGUAAACCAGCGCCGGGGGAAAACAUUGGUGCCAAGCGAUUUGCGGAUUUUGACCUCGCCGGCAAGGUCUUUAUCGUCACGGGGGGUGCUCAGGGGUUAGGGUUAGCCAUGGCUGAAGCUCUGGUCGAAGCUGGGGGAAAGGUCUACGCCCUCGACCGCUCCCCGCACCCCAACUCCGAAUGGACCACCGCCCUCUCCCGCAUCCCCCCCGGUUCCCACGGCUCCCUCCACUACCGCCAACAAGACGUCUCCGACACCGCCACGCUCGACACCACCAUCUCCUCCAUCGCCUCGGCCCACUCCCGUCUCGAUGGCGUCGUCGCCGCGGCGGGGGUCCAACAGGUCACAAAGGCGUUGGACUACACCGCCUCCGACGUGGCGCGCAUGCUAGAAGUCAACUACACGGGAGUGUUCAUGACAGCGCAGGCGGCGGCACGGGCGAUGUUUGAGCACGGGACGAGUGAGGGCGGGAGUAUAGUGUUGGUGGCCAGCAUGUCCGGGUUGGUGGCGAAUAAGGGGUUGGUGUGUCCGGUGUAUAAUUCGAGUAAGGCGGCGGUGAUACAGUUGGCGAGGAAUUUGGCUAUGGAGUGGAGUCCGGUGAGGAGGAAGGGGAAGGGAAAGGGAAAGGGGGGAAAAGGUGGGGAGGUGGAAGGUGGAGGGGUGAGGGUGAAUUGUUUGAGUCCGGGGCAUGUGUUGACGCCGAUGGUGAGGAAGAAUUUUGAGGAGGUGCCUGGGUUGAGGGAGAUGUUGGAGGGGGAGAAUAUGAUGGGACGGUUGGCGGAGACAGGGGAGUUUAAGGGGGCUGUGUUGUUUUUGAUGAGUCGGGCGAGUAGUUUUAUGACGGGGGGGAAUUUGGUUAUUGAUGGGGGGCAUACGGCGUGGUAG